AUGAAUCAACUCUACAAUAUCCUUCUCAUUUCUUCGGCCCUCUUGGCUGCGGUCGCCGGUUAGUUUUGAAGAGAAGAAUAAACGUUUUUUUUUCAAACAAAAAAGUGUUUCAGCCGCCAGUGACUGUCAACUUUCGUGUCCGGAUGGAUAUCUGUCGUUCUCCAGGACUCCGACGGUCAACAACUCGAGGACCACUUUGUGGUGUGUCAAGGUACGUGGCCGACAAUUCCAAAUCACUUCCUAGGCCAUUCUAUAGACCUUUUGUGAAUCCUAGGCCAUCCUGAGCACUUCCUAGGCCAUUCUAUAGACCUUUUGUGAAUCCUAGGCCAUCCUGAGCACUUCCUAGGCCAUUCUAUAGACCUUUUGUGAAUCCUAGGCCAUCCUGAGCACUUCCUAGGCCAUUCUAUAGACCUUUUGUGAAUCCUAGGCCAUCCUGAGCACUUCCUAGGCCAUUCUAUAGACCUUUUGUGAAUCCUAGGCCAUCCUGAGCACUUCCUAGGCCAUUCUAUAGACGUUUUGUGAAUCCUAGGCCAUCCUGAGCACUUUCUAGGCCAUUCUAUAGACUUUUUGUGAAUCCUAGGCCAUCCUGAGCACUUUCUAGGCCAUUCUAUGCACUAAUACCAGUCUCAAAAACCCCCUUUUCCAGCCAAUCUUCUCGCAAGACCCGAUCAACGUGGUGGCCGCCAAAGCGCUUUGCGCCAAGGAAUCCGCUGUGCUGACCGCUUUCGAAAACGACGCCGAACGCCAGCAAAUCCUUUCCGCGCUGAAGACGGCGAUCACCUCGUACUCGCAGUCCGUCGGCUCGCUCAUCAUCGACGGGCACCGCACGACGCAGUGCUACACCCAAGACACGGCGGUGCUCGGCGCUGCGCCGUGCAACUAUCCGGGCACCACGUUCGUCGUCGACGACAAACACACCGACCCGACUUUCAUGCUGCAGAACUUUGCCGACACCGAGCCGAGCGGCACUUUCUAUCAGACGUUAGUGUCCCGAUCCACGUUCUCUUCUCCCAAAAAUCGUUUUGCAGGGAACUCGAAUCGUGCCUCGCCCUCUCGAUCUCGGCCUUCCCGAAGCGUAGCGGCGGCAUCAACGACUUCCUGUGCAACUACGCCAAAUCGCCGCUCGGCACCGACACCAUCGAGUUCUGGAACUUUGGAGUGUUGUGCGGAAAGCUGCCGCAAUUCGCCUAG